AUGGGGAAAUUAAUCAGGAUGUGGGUGCCAGAGAGACGGUUACUAUGGCCAAAGAGGCUUCAUUGGAGUUGCCUCCUCUUCUUAUUGGGAAUGUUGCUUACUGGCUCCACCUACCAGCAUCUGAAGAGCCCCUGGGGUUUACCUCCACUGUGGGAAGCAGUCUCUUCCCAACAUCCUGCAAAACUGGCCAUUCAGGACCUCUUCAAUGUUGAGAUGAUCAUGGUGAGCAGUGACCCUCCAAAAACUAGCUUUAAACUGAAGGGUGAGGUGCUGGUACCUCAAGCCAUGAUGAGCAGGGAGAAAACACCAACUGGCAUAAUCAUGGAGAACACCCACCAUUCACCCCGAAGAGCAGCCAACACCACUCCAACAAUCCUCCAAAAGAACUACAGCCCUACAGUAACAGGGACAGAAAGAGUGAAGGAACACACUUCAACUACAGAUUCAACUGUGUUGAAUCAUUACAUCCUAACUUCAAACAGACAAACGGUAAAGGGUUAUAGCCCAAUAACAUCCAGAGGAGAAAUGAAGAGCUACAAACCAACUCAAGUCAGGAAAAAGGUGAAAAAAUAUAUUCCAUCCCCACCUGAUACAACAGUAGACAGUUAUCCUUCAUUCAUACCCAUGACACUGAAAGAAAGUCAUGUGACCACUCCUAGACCGACAGUGAAAGAUAGUGAAACUAUGGCAACCUACAAAACAGUGGCAAUCAAUACUCUCAAGAGAACAGUAGAGGAAAAUAUUUCAAUUACUCUCAAGGGAGUAGAUGCCAACACUCCAGUUUUCCUGACAAAUGAAGUAAAAAUGAACAUCUUGACUUCUCCAAGGAGUAGAGUAGAAAAGAACUCCCUGACUACGCCCAGAAGAAUGGGAAAUAACAGCUCAACCAAAUUCUGGGGGUUAGUGGGAAAGAACACCCCAACAGUUCCCCAGAGAGUAGUCCUGCAGCCUACAGUCACCUCUGAGGGGCAAGUGACCAUAAACAUCAGGUCAGCCAGCAGUCCAGCAGAAAUCAAAUCGUCUAUUGCCUCUUGGAGUAUUAGGAAUCCCUCACCCAGAACGAAUAUACCAUCCAGUGGAAUAGCCUCCACCACUUUCCGAGGACAGGUUAGGAGAGCUUCCUCAGCACUCAGCACCUCAGUGACCCCCAGGGUCAGGGUAAAUCCGACCACCCAGAUCCGUCCCUGUAUGACUGUGGAGCCAGAGCUAGCUGUGUCCACCACCCCCUUCCCCUUCCCUACAAUAGAGGAGUUCAGUCUCAGUCCCUCAGUGCUGCCCCCUAGUGAGCCAGACCUCCACCCCAAGGCAGAGUACCCCUCAGACCUAUUCAGCGUGCAAGAGUGGCGCCAGGGCUGGGUGGUCUUGCAUGUCUUUGGCGUGAUGUAUGUGUUUGUGGCCUUGGCCAUCGUGUGUGAUGAAUACUUUGUCCCAGCCCUGGAUAUCAUCACAGCGAAGCUGCAAAUCUCUGAGGAUGUGGCAGGCGCCACGUUCACGGCUGCUGGGGGCUCUGCCCCUGAGCUGUUCACCUCCCUCAUCGGCGUCUUCAUCUCCCACAGCAACGUGGGCAUCGGGACCAUCGUGGGAUCCAUGGUGUUCAACAUCCUCUUUGUCAUUGGCACCUGUGCCCUCUUCUCCCGGGAGAUUCUCAGUCUCACCUGGUGGCCCUUGUUCCGUGAUGUCUCCUUCUACAUCGUUGACCUGAUGAUGCUCAUCCUCUUCUUCCUAGACAGCCUCAUUGCUUGGUGGGAGAGUCUGCUGCUGCUGCUGGCUUAUGCCCUUUAUGUAUUCACCAUGAAAUGGAACAAGCAGAUCGAGCUCUGGGUGAAGGAACAGCUCAACCAGAGGCCUAUGGUCAAGGUCAUGGCUCUGGGAGACCUCAGCAAGCCUGGUGAUGGGGCCGUUGCUGUGGAUGUGCCACAGGAUAACAAGAAUUUGAAGCUCCCAUCCGUGCUAACCUGCGAGAGCAGCUUGGCCUCUCUGCACAACAGCAUCAUUGGCUACAUCCUCUACCAGCUCAUGCUCCACAGCCUGGACCCUCUGGGUGAAAUGCGCCCCUCCAAGGACAAGGAGGAGGAGAGCUUGAAGCACAAAGCAGAAAGUAAACCAGAAGAGGAGGAGCCAACUGAGCUCCCUGUGGUCGUGGUCACACCAACCCCUGCUCCAGAUGUCAUGGGUGAUCAGGAGGAAGAUGCUGACAGCCAGGAAGGAGAUGAGGCUGAAGACAAGAACAUGGGUGAAAUGACAGGUGGAGAGGUUGAAGCUCUGGAGGAAGGUGAAACUCAACUUGCAGGUGAAUUUGAAGUGGAAAGAAGAGGAGAAGUUGAAUGUGAAAGUGAAGGUGAAAUCCUGGCAGCAGAAGGUGGUAAAAUGAAAGGUGAUGAAGGUGAUACUGAUGGAAAUCAAGGUGAUGAGAAAGGUGCAGAUGUUGAAGAUGGAGGAGAUGGAGAUGAGAGUGAAGAUGAAGAUGAGGAGGAGGAAGAAGAGGAAGAAAAUGAGAAGCCCCUGUUCCUGGAGUGGCCCGAGACCAGGCAGAAGCAGGUGGUUUACCUCUUCCUCCUGCCCAUUGUCCUCCCGCUGUGGCUGACAGUGCCUGAUGUCCGGAGACUGGAGUCUAGGAAGUUUUUUGUUCUCGCCUUCCUGGGAUCCAUCACGUGGAUAGCUGUGUUCUCAUACCUCAUGGUGUGGUGGGCUCACCAGGUUGGUGAAACGAUAGGGAUUUCGGAAGAGAUUAUGGGUUUGACCAUCCUAGCGGCAGGCACAUCAAUUCCUAACCUCAUGUGCAGUGUGAUUGUCGCCCGGAAAGGCCUGGGAGACAUGGCUGUGUCAAGCUCUGUGGGCAGUAACAUCUUUGACAUCACUGUGGGCUUGCCCAUUCCUUGGUUACUUUUCUCUCUUAUCAAUGGGUUACUGCCGGUUCCAGUCAGCAGCAAUGGUUUGUUUUGUGCAAUUGUUUUGCUUUUCCUCAUGCUCCUAUUUGUGAUCUCUUCAAUUGCAACAUGCAAGUGGAGAAUGAACAAGGUCCUCGGCUUCACAAUGUUCCUCCUUUACUUCAUAUUCCUGAUAAUGAGUGUGAUGCUAGAAAAUCGAAUGUUAUCUUGUCCUAUAUCUGUCUGA